CUUAUAAGACCCGAGUUCAAAAAGAGAGUGGAAAGAAAGCAUAGAAAGCAAAAAGAUAUACUGUUCGAGUCUUCUGGCGUUCGUGACGAUAUCAUAUCCACCUUACAUCACAUCACCAUCGCCACCAACAAUCACACCAACACUGAUCACGAGUGAAGGACAACCCAAAUAUAAACACUCAUAACUAUAGCCAAUCUUACCACAUUCGUCAACCAUAGAACUAAAUGUCAAAGACUCUAGAUAUCAAAGAGCCGCUCGUCACAGAGAUGGCAGUACCAGCCUCGGACUCCUCCUCCUCUGACUCGGAAGAAGGAGAGUUCUCGCCCCUAGCACUCGCCAAAAACAACGGCUUCACGCCGCUGCCGACGUACAAGGCGGCAGGAACCACCGAGACCGACUUCGACGGCUUGCUGCCAAAGGACAGGGUCCUGCGGCUCCACGAGGAUCUGACGAACGGGUGUGGUGGACAGCUCUGGCCUGCUGGGAUGACGCUUGCGAGGUACAUGUUGAGAUAUCAUGCGAAGAGCUUGGCGGGGAAGAGGAUAUUAGAACUUGGUGCUGGUGGUGGUCUUGUUGGCCUCGCUGUUGCCCGUGGGUGUGAUCUUGGAGGAGGAGAAAACUAUCCGCCGCUAUGUAUCACGGAUCAGACGGAGAUGUUUUCCCUCAUGAGGCAUAAUAUUGCGCUCAAUAAGCUCGAAGGUAAAGUCGAGGCUAAGCUGUUGAAUUGGGGUGAACCACUCCCCGCGGAAAUCGUCUCGAACCCGCCAGACGUCAUCCUAGCCGCGGACUGCGUGUACUUCGAGCCGGCCUUCCCGCUGCUGCAGACGACGCUCUCCGACCUCCUAUCGCUGCGUCCCGAGGCCGUGAUCUACUUCUGCUUCAAGAAGCGCCGUCGGGCAGACAUGCAGUUCCUCAAGCAGGCGCGCAAGCGGUACCGCGUCGCCGAGGUCGAGGACGAGGAGAAGCCUGUCUGGAGUCGGCAGGGUUUGUUCAUGUUCGCUAUCACGGCGAAGGGGAAGGGGAUGGUGGACGGGAAGAUGCAGGGCGGGGAGUAAGGAGGGGGGUUGCGGAGAGAGAUCGAAUGAGGUU